CUCUACCAAACACUCGUUUAUGUUUUCAAAAUCUUAGUUUAGUGGGAUUUCGGCUCAUUUUUACAUUUAUUUUUGAUUGUUAUUUCUCCAUGAAAUAUCAAAGUGGUUGGCUGUGAUCCUUUACUCUUUGAUAGUAAAAAUCUGCUUUGUUAUUGAGUGAUUAGUCGCGCGUAUGCUGAACCUCAUAGAGACUUGAGAGGUUAAAGCAUCGUCAAUAUUUUUCGCCUGUUUUAAUCGCUUGCAAAAGGUUGAAUUUUAUUGAAAUUGCGUCGCAGUGCGCAUCACCGUGUAGGUGAAGUGCAGAAAAAAAUAUAGCAUAGUAACUUUGCUAUACCUCAUACGCUCUCUUUUCACUCGUUUUGUUCGUUUGUCAAAUAUUUGAAAGUCAUUUAUUAUAUGUGAGAAUCGUUUGCUAUUCUAGUCAAUGACUGAAAGCGAAAAGAAAGAUCCUUACUCGGUUAUCGGGCGAGAUUACCUCUAUCCAGUGGGUCAUGAACUGUUUCUCGGAUUCCAUGCGCGAGUAAUUGAGAAAGCUGAAGAACAAUAUGAGGACAAUGAACAUGUAGAUGAUUCAGAAAUUAUAAACGGAGAUGCUGAUUCUAUUAAAUCUGAAGUUGAGGAUCCGGAUGAUUCAAACACAAUACAAGCUGUUUGUGAUGCUAUCGCUCUUUAUGAUUUUGAACCUUUGCAUGAAAAUGAGCUUGGUGUCUUCGAGGGUCAAACGUUAUGGAUUCUUUCGGAAGCUAGUCAUGGCUGGCUAGUCGCUUAUGAUGAGCUUUCUGGAAAAAGCGGCCUAGUUCCUGAGUCUUACGUUACUUUGAUCCAAUAAUUUGUCUACUUUUUUUUUGUUGUUGUUCACUUAUGGAUGUCUAUGUAUAUUAGUUACUUAAUGCACUAAUCUGGAAAAUAUAUGUUUGUGCUAUCCCGUUCGUCUUUUUCCUCUAAAGCAAGUCACUCUUUUUCGGCCGUUUUAACGAUUCGUAUUUGUCGCUCUUUUUUGGUUUAUCCGCGGCAUCUUGUCAUUUCUGUUGUUAUCAAUAAUAUUAAUAGAUUGUUUGGAAAAAUGAUGGAUAUUUGCAUCAGUCAAUCAAACACGAGAAAAAGCAAGUUUAUGUUUUGUUGCUUGUUUUGUUGCAACCUUCUAAUAGCUUUACAUCUCCUAAUCUCAAGGAGAAGGGUUAGAAUGUACCGUGUUUUACGGGAGUUCUUUUCCUGUAGAGUUACAAUGGUUGCUAGAAUAACCGUAAGUCAUAGUACAUAUCAAGGCUGAAUUACCCUUGGUGUGUCUCCAUUUGAGAACGGACAUAAAAAAUUCUGAAAGUGUUUUGAAACCGUAGAUGGUUGGAUUGUAUUUUGGGUCCCGCCAUAAGAGUAGUAAAACUAUAAUUGAUACAUGUGAAUCAUACAGUAAUAAAGUGGGAAAUUAGCCUUAUGGCUAUGAGCGUUAAC